GCCAGGCCAGGCGGGGCGCCGGAGCUCCCGGGUCCCUGGCUCGAGUCCAGCCCGCGGCCCAGGCCGGGCGGCGGCAGCAGCGGGCGGGGUUCUGGCGGCGCGCGGUUUGGGGGUUUUUUAUAACCCUGGCCGGCGGCUCAGGAAGUGCCUCCCCGCGCCCCCUCCCCCGGCCACGCCGCCGCGCUCGCUCCCUCCCUCCCUUCCUGCGCAGGCCGGCGAGACGGCUGCAGAGACGGGACUGAGGCCCGGGCGGGCUGGCGGCCGGCCGCGGGCUCCAAAGAAGAGGCAGAGGCCCGGAGAGGCUCACACACAGGGGUCUGACACUGCGCCACUAACUGAAGAUCCCAAAAGGAGCCCAGUGAUGCUGCCCAGGCUGUGAACAGGGAAGGCGGCGCUGUGGGGGCUGCCGGCAGCCAGGGCUGGGGAGAGACAUGUGGACACGUGGCCUCUAUGGCUCCCGCCUGCCAGAUCCUCCGCUGGGCCCUCGCCCUGGGGCUGGGCCUUACAUUCGAGGUCACGCACGCUUUCCGGUCUCAAGAUGAAUUCCUGUCCAGUCUGGAGAGCUAUGAGAUCACCUUCCCCACCCGAGUGGACCACAAUGGGGCACUGCUGGCCUUCUCGCCCCCUGCCCCCCGGAGGCAGCGUCGGGGCACAGGGCCUGCAGCAGAGUCCCGCCUCUUCUACAAGGUGGCCGCACCCAGCACCCACUUCCUGCUGAACCUGACCCGCAGCCCCCGCCUUCUGGCAGGGCACGUCUCCGUGGAGUACUGGACACGGGAGGGCCUGGCCUGGCAGAGGGCCGCUCGGCCUCACUGCCUCUACGCUGGCCAUCUGCAGGGCCAGGCUGGCAGCUCUCAUGUGGCCAUCAGCACCUGUGGGGGCCUGCAUGGCCUCAUUGUGGCAGAUGAGGAAGAAUACUUGAUUGAGCCCCUGCAAGGUGGGCCCAAGGGAGGCCGGGGCCCAGAGGAAAGUGGCCCCCAUGUGGUGUACAAGCGCUCCUCCCUGCGUCACCCCUACCUGGACACAGCCUGUGGAGUGAGAGAUGAGAAACCAUGGAAGGGGCGGCCGUGGUGGCUGCGCACCCUGAAGCCGCCACCUGCCAGGCCCCUGGGCAAUGAAACAGAGCGUGUUCAGCCGGGUCUGAAGCGCUCGGUCAGCCGAGAGCGCUAUGUGGAGACCCUGGUGGUGGCUGACAAGAUGAUGGUGGCUUACCACGGGCGCCGAGAUGUGGAACAGUACGUGCUGGCCAUCAUGAACAUUGUUGCCAAACUUUUCCAGGACUCAAGUCUGGGAAACAUCAUUAAUAUCCUGGUAACACGGCUCAUCCUGCUCACAGAGGACCAGCCCACUCUGGAAAUCACCCACCAUGCCGGGAAGUCCCUGGACAGCUUCUGUAAGUGGCAGAAAUCCAUCGUGAACCACAGUGGCCACGGCAAUGCCAUUCCAGAGAACGGUGUAGCCAACCAUGACACAGCAGUGCUCAUCACGCGCUAUGACAUCUGCAUCUACAAGAACAAACCCUGCGGCACACUAGGCUUGGCCCCCGUGGGAGGGAUGUGCGAGCGAGAAAGAAGCUGCAGCAUCAAUGAGGACAUUGGGCUGGCCACGGCGUUCACCAUCGCCCAUGAGAUCGGACACACGUUUGGCAUGAACCAUGAUGGCGUGGGGAAUAGCUGCGGGGCCCGGGGCCAGGACCCAGCAAAGCUCAUGGCAGCCCACAUUACCAUGAAGACCAACCCAUUCGUGUGGUCCUCCUGCAGCCGCGACUAUAUCACCAGCUUUCUGGACUCAGGCCUGGGUCUCUGCCUGAACAACCGGCCCCCCAGACAGGACUUCGUGUACCCAACGGUGGCACCCGGCCAGGCCUAUGAUGCAGAUGAGCAGUGCCGCUUCCAGCAUGGAGUCAAAUCGCGUCAGUGUAAAUACGGGGAGGUCUGCAGCGAGCUGUGGUGUCUGAGCAAGAGCAACCGGUGCAUCACUAACAGCAUCCCGGCCGCCGAGGGCACGCUGUGUCAGACGCACACUAUCGACAAGGGGUGGUGCUACAAGCGGGUGUGCGUCCCCUUCGGGUCACGACCGGAGGGAGUGGAUGGGGCCUGGGGCCCGUGGACCCCGUGGGGUGACUGUAGCCGGACGUGCGGCGGCGGCGUGUCCUCCUCCAGCCGUCACUGCGACAGCCCCAGGCCAACCAUCGGGGGCAAGUAUUGCCUGGGAGAGAGACGGCGGCAUCGCUCUUGCAACACCGACGACUGUCCCCCCGGCUCCCAGGACUUCAGGGAAAUGCAGUGCUCAGAAUUUGACAGUGUCCCCUUCCGUGGAAAAUUCUACACAUGGAAGACAUACCGAGGAGGGGGCGUGAAGGCCUGUUCGCUCACGUGCCUAGCAGAAGGUUUCAACUUCUACACGGAGAGGGCGGCAGCUGUGGUGGACGGGACACCCUGCCGCCCGGACACAGUGGACAUUUGUGUCAGCGGCGAGUGCAAGCAUGUGGGCUGCGACCGGUUCCUGGGCUCCGACCUGCGCGAGGACAAGUGCCGAGUCUGCGGGGGUGAUGGCAGUGCCUGUGAAACCAUCGAGGGGGUCUUCAGCCCAGCCUUGGCUGGAACUGGGUACGAGGAAGUCGUCUGGAUCCCCAAAGGCUCUGUCCACAUUUUCAUCCAGGACCUGAACCUCUCCCUCAGCCAUCUGGGCCUGAAGGGGGACCAGGAGUCCCUACUGCUAGAAGGACUGCCUGGGACCCCCCAGCCCCAUCGCCUGCCCCUAGCUGGGACCACCUUUCAGCUUCGACCGGGGCCAAAUCAGACACAGAGCCUAGAAGCCCUGGGACCCAUUAACACAUCUCUCAUCGUCAUGGUGCUGGCCCGGACAGAGCUGCCUGCCCUCCGCUACCGCUUCAACUCCCCCAUCGCCCGCGAUGCACUGCCCCCCUACUCCUGGCACUACGCACCCUGGACCAAGUGUUCGGCCCAGUGUGCGGGUGGCAGCCAGGUACAGGCCGUGGAGUGUCGCAAUCAGCUGGACAGCUCAGCCGUGGCCCCCCACCACUGCAGCGCCCACAGCAAGCUCCCCAAGAGGCAGCGGGCCUGCAACACGGAGCCCUGCCCACCCGACUGGGUUGUAGGGAACUGGUCACGCUGCAGCCGCAGCUGUGAUGCAGGCGUGCGCAGCCGCUCGGUGGUGUGCCUGCGCCGCAUGUCGGCCGUCGAGGAGAAAGCACUGGAUGACAGCGCGUGCCCGCAGCCACGACCACCGGUCCUGGAGGCCUGCCAAGGCCCCACCUGCCCGCCCGAGUGGGCCGCCCUUGACUGGUCCGAGUGCACCCCCAGCUGCGGGCCAGGCCUCCGCCACCGCAUAGUCCUUUGCAAGAGUGCAGACCAACGCGCCACACUCCCUCCCACGCACUGCCCACCUACCGCCAAGCCGCCAGCCACCAUGCGCUGCAACUUGCGCCGCUGUCCCCCUGCCCGCUGGGUGGCGGGUGAGUGGGGCGAGUGCUCUGCACAGUGCGGCCUUGGACAGCAACAGCGCACUGUGCGCUGCACCAGCCACACAGGCCAGCCAUCCCAUGAGUGUGCUGAGGCGCUGCGGCCACCCACCGUGCAGCAGUGUGAGGCCAAGUGCGACAGCACGCCACCCGGGGAUGGCCCUGAAGAGUGCAAGGAUGUGAACAAGGUCGCCUACUGCCCCCUAGUGCUUAAAUUUCAGUUCUGCAGCCGAGCCUAUUUCCGCCAGAUGUGCUGCAAAACCUGCCAUGGCCGCUAGGGGGCUCGCGGCCCCCUGAGCCACAAGUGGGCACCUGCUUGUGGGGAACCCAGCCUGCAGCUGGCCAGCCUGAAGGAGCCCGCGAGGGCGGGAGCUGGGAGUGAAGGGUGAGAUGGAGCCAAAAGUUAUUUAUUGGAAGCCCCUGCAGGGCCCCUGGCUAGGAGAUGGAGAGGAGCUGGCCACCCCCAGGGCCCCUCCUCAGCCCCACUCCUAGUUCACAGUGAGAGCCCUUCCAGGAUGGGUUGGAGGAGGGAAUAACUGUUCGCCCUAGCGCCCUUUUCACCCACCCCUACGGAGUCCCCCAAACUCCCCCCACCUUUGAUCGGAAUAUGUACUGUGAAGAGUGGGGGUAGGGAGGGGGUCAGCCAGUGCCCUGACCCCAAGCACUGCCCUAUCCCUCCACUCUGAGCUGGAGGGGGUCUAUGUCCGCCGUGGGGGAGGGGAAUUAGCACCACCUCCCUGAAACCCUCCCCCUGACCAGACCAGCUACAGGGAUGGGGCAGAGCUGGGAAUAUCCACCCCAACCUCUGCCUGGCCUGUCCCAGGGGGACCCAGACAUCCAGGCCGCCCCCAUCAUGGUGCUACAGGCUGCCCUGGAGCCCACACACUCUUCACCAGGAAGCCCUACAUCAAUAAAGUUCUAU